AUGGCCGACAACAAAUGGGAGCGCACUCGUAUUCCUCGAAUCGCGCUUUCUGAACUCAUACACGAAGAAUCGCCCGAAAGUUUCGGCGAACAGAUCCGCGAUACGAUCUUUGCCGACAUACAGUCAGACUCGAGUCCUCGCGUCCACGGAUCUCCUCAUGAACGCUGGUUUCGGAGCGUUGCUCAAGGUCCUGACGCCGUCAGAGUCAAAAUCACGAACGACAGACUGAAAGGUCGCCUUAUCGUGUGGAAGAAGGGCAAACCUUUCGACCCAGCCAGCCUUUUCUUCCGCUCUGUUGAUACCUCGAGGCUCCUCCCUAUGGCGCUGGCAGAUUAUCGGAUCCAAUGGUACGCGUCGAAGGGCUUUUGGGAAUGGUUAGAAGGGCGCAAGACACCGGGAAACCAGGACCCGAAGAAGUUUUGGAAGAUGAUCUCCGUGACUGCGAUCCUCUUCGAACUUCUCGUCAUUCGGAACAUGCACGAUUACGGUGGCGGGGACAUUCCGGUCAUUGUCGUGAACUGGUCUGGCGAGCAGCUCGACAGGGCGACGGCGUACUGGGUGGAGUUGAGCAAAGACGAAUGGACAAAAGAGCAGGAACGGCGAUACAACGAGAUGGACGAGAUGUCCUGCCGGCGUUCGAAUCCGUGCUUCUACCAAGUGGACCUACUCUGA